UAACCAGCACUUCCGACAUAAAAAAAAAAUAAAGAAACAAAAGACCCACUUCGGCAUUCGGAAUAAUACAAAUCCUAAAUCCAUUUAAAUACCCCCACGCAACCACAGUUUCUCUACACUUUCUAAAACCAUUUCAAUCCACGCUAAUUUCUUUCAUUUCGUUCAUCAAGGGAAAAGAAAAGCAGAGUUGAAAGAUGGGGACUUAUAGGAUGUGCGGGUGCUUUACUAGGAAGUUCAAAAUCAUUGAGGCGGCACCACCACCGGAUGUUAUAGCUGCAUUCGAGAAGUACGCCGAAGGUGGGCCUCAAAUGACGGCGGAGCAGUUGCAUAGGUUCUUGGUGGAUGUGCAGGGGCAAGGCGGUGCCAAGGUCUCCGACGCGGAGGAGAUUCUGCUGCAGGUUCUGCAGAAACGACACCAUAUGGCGAAGUUCAGAAAACACGCAUUGACCCUCGAUGAUUUCCAUCAUUACUUGUUUUCUGCAGAUCUAAAUCCGCCAAUCGAUAAUAAGGUCCACCAUGACAUGACAGCUCCUUUAUCCCAUUAUUUCAUAUACACUGGUCACAAUUCGUAUUUAACUGGAAAUCAACUCAGUAGCGACUGUAGCGAUGUCCCAAUCAUAAAGGCACUGAAGAGAGGAGUAAGAGUGGUGGAGCUUGAUCUAUGGCCAAAUUCCACAAAAGAUGAUGUGGAUGUUCUACAUGGAAGGACUUUGACAGCUCCGGUGGAACUCAUUAAAUGUUUAAAAUCCAUUAAAGAGCAUGCUUUUAGUGCAUCCGAAUAUCCCGUUGUAAUUACUCUUGAAGACCACCUGACUCCAAAACUUCAGGCAAAAGUUGCUCAGAUGGUUACUCAAACAUUUGGGAAAAUGCUGUUUCGUCCCGAAUCUGAAUGCUUAAAAGAAUUCCCUGCACCAGAGGAUCUGAAGUAUAAGAUCCUUAUUUCAACCAAACCUCCCAAAGAGUACCUUGAAGCUCAGACUAACAAGGACAAAGAAAAGGAGAAGGAUUCAGAUGAUGAUGUUUGGGGAAAAGAACCAACAGAACUUACAGCUGAACAAGAAGAUGAAAAGACUGAUAGUGAUGCAAGUGACAACAAUCAGGAUGAUGAAGAUUCAGAUGCGUUUGAACCUGAGGUAGACUCUUCAAGAGCCCCUGGUUACAAGAGUCUUAUUGCCAUUCCUGGUGGCAAAAUAACAGGUAGGUUGAAGGAGGCCCUAAAAGUUGAACCCGAUAAAGUUAGGCGCCUUAGUCUGAGUGAACAAGCACUUGAAAAGGCUACUGUGUCUUACGGGACUGAUCUUGUGAGAUUUACCCAGAAGAAUUUCCUGAGGAUAUAUCCCAAGGGUACUCGGUUUAACUCCUCAAACUACAAGCCACAAAUUGGUUGGAUGCAUGGAGCUCAAAUGAUUGCCUUUAACAUGCAGGGAUAUGGUAGAUCCCUUUGGUUAAUGCAAGGGAUGUUUAGAGCUAAUGGAGGCUGUGGUUAUGUAAAAAAACCUGAUUUCCUGAUGAAUGUGGAUGCGAACAGUGAGAGAGCUAAGUUACCUGUUAAGAAGAGAUUAAGGGUGAAAGUCUACAUGGGAGAUGGAUGGCACUUAGAUUUUAAACACACACACUUUGACACCUAUUCGCCACCUGAUUUCUAUACAAAGGUUGGAAUAGCAGGAGUGCCAGAUGAUGAAAUAAUGAAGAAAACGAAGAUAAAAGAAGACAACUGGACACCUGUUUGGGAUGAAGAAUUUACAUUUCCAUUGACUGUUCCUGAAUUGGCAUUGCUGCGAGUUGAGGUCCACGAAUAUGACAUGUCCGAGAAGGAUGACUUUGCCGGUCAAACUUGUUUGCCAGUCUCAGAACUGAAGCAGGGGAUCCGGGCAGUUCCCCUCUUUGAUCGCAAAGGAGAGAAGUUAAACUCUACCAGACUUCUUAUGCGGUUUGAUUUUGUGUGAGACUAUAGAGGUUUGUUAAUUUUUUGUGUUUUUUUUGGUUUGGUUGAAGGACUACCUAUUUUGCUCCAUCGGUAGUAGAAGCUACUUCAGCUUCAUUUUCUCCUGUCUGCCAUAGAAAAAAAACUUAAAAAUUAAUAAAAAAAUAAUGACAAAUGUUUGAUCUA